AUCCGCGCCACCGACGGCGAUGCCCCAGCCAACGCCAACAUGCUUUACCGCUUGCUGGAGCCAGGAGCUGGUGACGGGGUCUUUGAGAUUGACCCGCGCUCCGGGGUUGUGAGGACCCGGGCGCCGGUAGACCGCGAGGAGGUCUCCGAGUACCACCUGGUGGUGGAAGCCAACGACCAGGGCAAGGAUCCAGGACCACGCAGCGCCACAGCUAUGGUGCACAUCACUGUAGAGGAUGAGAACGACAACUACCCUCAGUUCAGUGAGAAGCGCUACCUGGUCCAGGUGCCAGAGGAUGCCCCAGUGAACAGCCAGAUACUGCAGGUGCAGGCCACGGAUCGGGACCGGGGCAGCAAUGCCCAGGUGCACUACAGCAUUGUGAGUGGCAACCUGAAAGGCCAGUUCUACAUCCACUCUUUUUCCGGUGCCAUUGACCUCAUCAACCCUCUGGAUUAUGAGACUAUUCGGGAGUACACACUCCGGAUCAAAGCCCAGGAUGGGGGCAGGCCUCCCUUGAUCAACUCCAGUGGCAUGGUGUCGGUGCAGGUUGUGGAUGUGAAUGACAAUGCCCCCAUCUUUGUGAGCACUCCCUUCCAAGCCACAGUGCUGGAGAACGUUCCUCUGGGCUACUCAGUGCUGCACAUCCAGGCUGUGGAUGCUGACUCCGGGGACAACGCCCGCCUGGAAUACAAACUUAUAGAGAUGGCACCGUCUGCUGGAGGUGCCCCUGUAGCAAGUGACUCUGGGUUCCCUUUUCAGAUCAACAACAGCACGGGGUGGAUCACAGUGGCUGCAGAGCUGGACCGAGAGACUGUUGAGAACUAUCACUUUGGGGUGGAGGCCAGGGACCAUGGCAUGCCGGUCAUGACCUCCUCAGCCAGCGUGUCCAUCACUGUCCUGGAUGUGAAUGACAACAACCCCACCUUCACGGAGAAGGUGUACCACCUCAGAUUGAAUGAGGACGCGGCUGUGGGCAGCAGUGUCCUGACCCUAACAGCAGUGGACAGGGACGUUAACAGUGUUGUGACUUACCAGAUCACCAGUGGCAACACCAGGAACCGUUUUGCCAUCACCAGUCAGAGCGGAGGGGGGCUGAUCACGCUGGCUUUGCCCUUAGAUUACAAGCAGGAAAGGCAGUACGUCCUCACGGUCACUGCCUCUGACGGCACUCGCUUUGACACCGUCCAGGUCUUCAUCAACGUCACGGAUGCCAACACACACCGCCCGGUCUUCCAGAGUUCCCACUACACAGUGAGCGUCAGCGAGGACAAGCCCAUCGGCACCUCUAUUGUCACCAUCAGUGCCACCGAUGAAGACACAGGUGACAAUGCGAGAAUCACUUACAUUUUGGACGAUAACAUCCCCCAGUUUCGCAUCGACCCUGACACAGGCACCAUCACCACCCUAAUGGAGCUGGACUACGAGGACCAGGCCUCCUACACGUUGGCUAUUACAGCCCACGACAACGGCAUCCCCCAGAAAUCAGACACCACCUAUGUCGAGAUCCUCAUCCUGGAUGCCAAUGACAAUGCGCCCCGCUUCCUGCGCGACCGCUACCAGGGUUCGGUGUUCGAGGAUGUGCCGCUCUCCACCAGCGUCCUGCAGCUGUCUGCCACCGACCGUGACUCGGGCCUCAACGGCCGUCUCCUCUACACAUUCCAAGGUGGUGACGAUGGAGAUGGAGACUUCUAUAUUGAACCCACUUCUGGAGUGAUACGCACGCUACGCAAGCUGGACCGUGAGAACGUGGCUGUCUACAGCCUGCGGGCCUUCGCUGUGGACAGGGGAAGCCCACCACUGAAAGCCUCUGUGGAUAUCCAAGUGACUGUGCUGGACAUCAACGACAACCCCCCUGUCUUUGAGAAGGAUGAAUUUGACAUCUUUGUGGAGGAGAACAGCCCUGUGGGCUCUAUCGUGGCACGGAUCAGUGCAGCUGACCCUGACGAGGGGACCAAUGCACAGAUCAUGUACCAGAUCGUAGAGGGGAACAUCCCUGAGGUCUUCCAACUAGACUUGCUCAAUGGAGACCUCACAGCCCUAAUGGACCUGGAUUAUGAGAGCCGGACGGAGUAUGUGAUCGUGGUGCAGGCCACCUCAGCUCCUCUUGUCAGCCGGGCAACAGUGCACAUCCGCCUCCUGGACCAGAAUGAUAACCCACCCGUGCUGCAGGACUUCCAGAUCCUCUUCAAUAACUACGUGACCAACAAGUCCAACAGCUUCCCCUCUGGUGUGAUUGGCAAGAUCCCAGCUCAUGAUCCUGAUGUGUCCGACAGCCUGGCCUACACUUUUGUGCAAGGCAAUGAAUUGAACUUGCUCCUUUUGGACUCUGCCACUGGGGAACUCAAACUCAGUCGUGAUCUGGACAACAACAGGCCCCUGGAAGCCCUUAUGAAAGUGUCGGUCUCAGAUGGUGUCCACAGUGUUACAGCAGUCUGCACCCUGCGUGUCACCAUCAUCACGGAUGACAUGCUCACCAACAGCAUCACGGUGCGGCUGGAGAACAUGUCCCAGGAGAGGUUCCUUUCUCCCCUCCUGUCCCUGUUUGUGGAGGGAGUGGCAACAGUGCUGUCUACCGCCAAGGACGGCAUCUUCGUUUUCAACAUCCAAAAUGACACAGAUGUGAGCUCCAAUAUUCUGAAUGUGACCUUCUCAGCUUUGCUCCCUGGUGGCAUUCGAAACAAGUUCUUCCCCUCCGAGGACCUGCAGGAGCAGAUCUACCUCAACAGGACCCUGCUGACCAUGAUUUCCACACAGAGGGUCCUGCCCUUCGAUGACAAUAUCUGCUUACGCGAGCCCUGUGAGAACUACAUGAAGUGUGUCUCUGUCCUGAAGUUUGACAGCUCGGCCCCAUUCAUCAGCUCCAACACUGUCCUGUUCCGCCCCAUCCACCCCAUCAACGGGCUGCGGUGCCGAUGUCCCCCAGGCUUCACGGGCGACUACUGCGAGACGGAGAUUGACCUCUGCUACUCCAACCCCUGCGGGAGCAACGGGCUGUGCCGGAGCCGAGAAGGAGGCUACACUUGUGAAUGCUACGAGGACUACACUGGAGAGUACUGCGAGGUGAACGCCCGCUCUGGACGCUGUGCUCCGGGGUUGUGUAAGAACGGAGGAACCUGCGUGAACCUGCUCAUCGGGGGCUUCAAGUGCGAGUGUCCCGCAGGCGAAUACGAGCGACCCUACUGCGAGAUGACCACCAGGAGCUUCCCCCCACAGUCCUUCAUCACCUUCAAGGGGCUGCGGCAGCGCUUCCACUUCACAGUCUCCCUCAUGUUUGCAACUAGGGAGAGGAACGCUCUCCUCCUCUACAAUGGCCGUUUUAAUGAGAAGCACGACUUCAUUGCCUUGGAGAUCAUCGAGGAGCAGAUCCAGCUCACAUUCUCUGCAGGGGAGACAACCACUACAGUGGCACCCUUUGUUCCGGGAGGGGUCAGCGACGGGCAGUGGCACUCGGUCCAGGUGCAGUACUACAAUAAGGUAAGACUAAUUGUUUUG